AUGCCCUUCCAAACCCUCCCAAAGCGCCCAUCCCCGCUAACACUAUUGCGCACGUCCCUAACAAGACGACACUUCACAACCACCCGCCGCGUCGCCAACUACGCGGAUACAUUACCGAAUCUGAAGAUUGGUGCACAUACUAGGGUCCUCUUCCAGGGGUUUACGGGGAAACAAGCAACAGCCAACGUCAAGGAAUCCCUAGAAUGGGGGACGAAGAUUGUCGGUGGCGUCAAGCCAGAUGUCGAAGGUGAACAUUUGGGAUUACCAGUUUUCCCGUCUGUGAGAGUGGCACAAGAAAGAGCAAAACCAGAUGCAUCAGCCAUCUACGUCCCAGGUGCACAAACCGCCCAAGCAAUUGAGGAAGCCAUCGAAGCAGAGAUUCCGCUUGUUGUUGCUGUUGCGGAACAUGUUCCUAUCCAUGAUAUUCUCCGGAUCCACUCAAUACUAAAAACCCAAUCCAAAACCCGCCUCGUAGGCGCCAACUGCCCAGGCAUAAUAUCCGCCAUAGGAAAAUGCCGCAUAGGCUUCCAGCCACUACCCUGCUUCGCGCCGGGGAAUGUAGGCAUAGUGGCUAAAUCGGGGACAUUGAGUUACGAGACCGUUGCGUCGACGACGCGCGCGGGACUGGGGCAGAGUCUUUGUAUUAGGGGAUAUCGGGCUAGGGUGAGGGAUCCUAAGCCUAUUAUGGCGCUUGUUGGUGGGCGUGAGGCUCCUCCUGGUCGUAUUAUGGGCCAUGCUGGGGCUUGGGCUGCACCUGGUGAACCUGAUGCUGAGACCAAGUAUCGUGCGCUUGAGCGUGCUGGCGCGGUUAUGGUUGAUCAUCCCGAGAAGUUUGGUGCUGGGAUGAAGGCGCUGUUGAACAGUCGGGCUAGUCGCCCGGGAACGGGUUCAAUCGCUGGAGUAGGCUCCCAAAGGCGAGGUUUGCAUAGUAUGAGACGAGUAACUCCAGUCUUGAGAUCGAUUCCCAACCAAAAACGCGGUCUAUACAUCAAGCAGUUCCAGGCAUUUGACCUCCUCAAGCAAAAGUCCGUCCCAGUCAACGAGACGUCUUCGGACUCUGGUUUCUCUGUCUCUAUUGCUGUUGAUCGAACAUCUUUAUCUCCAUGCAUCAUCGCAUCACCGACUGCCGAGUUUGACCCAGCAAAGUCGCGCAAGUUUCCUUUCCCGUACACCCAAGCCGAGUUUGAUAGAAGCCCUAUUAUUGCCGACGCUGCUUCGCACUUGGGUUUGUCAGCUUCUGGUAAUGAAAAGCUUGCCGACUUGGUGCAAUCCCUUUGGGAGAUCUAUAAGGAGAAAGAAGCCUUCGUUCUGGAGACACGGGUUGGUAUCUCUGCUGGUGGGUCACUGGAAGUCCACGGUGCUCGGUUUGGAUUCGAUGAUGCGGCAUAUCGCAGCUCGGGUCGUCAGGAGGGUAUUCACAAGUUGAGAAAUACUUCCGAGGAGGUUCCGGAGGAAGUUGAAGCUGAGAAGGAUGGCAUUGUCUAUGUCAAGCUGGAAGGUGAAGGCGGCGUUGGCACGCUAGUAAACGGAGCCGGCCUUGCCAUGAAUACAGUAGACGCCCUAACAAUCCACGGCGGUCACUGUGCCAACUUCCUUGACACAGGUGGCAAAGCCACGUCCGAAACAGUCAAAUCAUCAUUCCGAGUAAUCUGCUCUGAUACGCGCGUCAAAGCGAUCUUCGUCAACAUCUUCGGAGGAUUAACGCGCUGCGAUAUGAUUGCCGAGGGAAUCAUCUUGGCGUUCCGGGAUCUGAAUAUGCAGGUUCCUGUUGUUGUGCGAUUGCGUGGUACAAAUGAGGAAUUGGGGCAGAAGAUGAUUGCGGAGAGUGGGCUCCCUUUGCAUGCUUUUGAUGGGUUUGAGGAGGCUGCUAGGAAGGUUGUUGCUUUGGCUAGGGGGUAG